UCCUGCCCUGAACCCCAGCAAGUCAGUUGUGAAUCAUUGAGCUGUAGGUUCUAUUCUGCUCUAAAUAGAAAGCCAUUGGGGCGUCCAAAUGAGUUAAUGCUGCUGGGACUUUUUGUCAGCAAGGCUCUUCAGAUUAUCACAGUGAUGCAUUGCAUGCUGAUGCUGCAAGGCUCUACUGUGGAAUACUGGGCCCUUAAACUUAGGGAUGUUAAAUAUUGAGUGACUAAUCGAAUAGUUGAUGCAUUUUGCAUUGACUAUUUGAUUAGUCGAUAGGGCGCCUCCAUCUUUGAAGCCCUAGGGCUCUUGCUAUGCUUCAAAGGCGAAAGUGCCAUGUGGAGCUGGGAGUCAGCGGGGGAGUCCCCAGCUGAUCCCGGGCCGCUGUCCUUUGGAAGUGCCGCUUCCUCUUUCUGAUAGAGGCAGCUAGGGGUUUGGGAAGUGACCAGUAGACUAUCCUGUUGACGAUCUGAUUUACUAGCAUUUACUAGUUCACAUCUGGAUGAUGGACAGGUGUAAGCAACAUUGUACAAAAUGCUCUCUUUCAUCACAAAACUUGAUGUUUCAGAGAAAAGAGGAAAUAGUUUUUUUUUUUCUUUUUUUAGGGAAAUUAAUUAAAUGCAUGAAUUGUAUCCAACUUGUGUAUAUUUUACUGAUAUCCCCUUCUAAUGUAAAACCAUUGCUUUUUCAUUUUAAAAAAGGUAGAAUUAAUCAAAAUACAGAUUGCUAAGUAACACUACAGGUUGGACUUCCCUGGUCUGGCCUCCUGGGGACCUCAUUGGUCCCGGAUGAGGGAAUCUUCUGAACCAGGGUAUGUGGGGGGGUAGGGUGCCAGCCUCUGCUGGGUUCCUCUCCCCAGCUACUUGCCACUGCUCUACAGGCUAUGCAGUUCCAGCAGCCAUGCCAGCCCCACCAGCUGUGAGCUCUGCAGCCGCCCCCCCUUGGCCCCACCUACUUCCCAGCCCCGCUGGCUGUGGGCUGUGUUGCCCUGUGGGCUCUGCUGCCCCAUUGGUCCUGCUUGCAGGCUCUUCUCCUAACCUCUGGCAACCUCUGUGCUGAGGCUUUCUACUCCAGCGACAUCCAUGGGCCUUCUGGACCACAGAUGUUUCCAGACUAGAGAGUCCAGGCCCACAGAGGUUCAACCUGAAUUUUGAGAGGUAUAGGGAGCAAGAGUUAACAAUUUUGGUCCAUGGCUGCUUCAGGAAAAGUGGCUUUUCGACUACCACCCUUGCCAACUAUUAGAGAGAUUAUUAAACUGUUUAAUCUCCGAGCACAAAAGCAGUUAUCUCAGAAUUUUCUCCUGGAUUUGAGAUUGACAGAUAAGAUAGUGAGACAGGCUGGCAAGCUGAAAGAUACCCAUGUCUGUGAGGUGGGUCCUGGGCCAGGAGGAAUUACAAGAUCCAUUCUCAAUGCUGAUGUUGCUCAACUCCUAUUAGUUGAAAAAGAUACUCGAUUUAUUCCUGGACUGAAGAUGCUGUCUGAAGCAGCUCCGGGAAAAGUACAUGUUGUUCAUGGGGACAUUUUGACAUACAAGUUGGAGAGAGCUUUUCCAAAGCACCUUGAAAUGAAGUGGGAAGAUGAUCCACCAAAUGUACAUAUCAUUGGAAAUCUGCCGUUCAAUGUUUCAACUCCUCUGAUCAUCAGGUGGCUUGAAAAUGUUUCCAAAAGAGAUGGACCUUUCGUUUAUGGUAGAACUCAGAUGACUUUGACUUUUCAGAAGGAAGUAGCAGAGAGACUCACGGCCACCACAGGAAGCAAGCAACGAAGCAGACUGUCCAUCAUGUCUCAGUACCUCUGCACUGUUCAAAACUGUUUCACAAUUCCAGGUCGAGCCUUUGUUCCAAAACCAGAGGUAGAUGUGUCAGUAGUGCACUUUACCCCUUUAGUGCAACCAAAGAUACGACAGCCCUUCAAACUGGUGGAAAAGGUUGUUAAAAGUGUGUUUCAGUUCAGAAGAAAAUACUGCUGUCGGGGAGUAGAAAUCUUGUUUCCAGAAGCUGAACGAUUGGAAAAAUGUGAACAGAUGAUGAUGUUAGCAGAUGUGGAUCCAACAUUGCGUCCAGCUCAGCUCUCCAUUUUACAUUUUAAAAACUUGUGUGAUGUAUACAGGAAAAUGUGUGAUGAAGACCCAAGCCUUUUCACUUACAACUAUAGGGAAGAAUUGAAGCAGAAGAAAACUAGUAAAAGGACAUUCAGGGCACUUGGAAAGGAAUGAGCAUCUAUCACAAGUCAGGCAAAUAACUCUUUUUUGGUGGUGUUUGAUCUAAUUAUUUCAGGGAAAGGAGACUUACACACACUUUGCUUUUUGUUGAAAUAGGGGGUGUGGGGAAGUUUUCGGUCUUAUUCCAUUCUACUGUA